UUUUGACCUUAUUUUUAAUUUUUAAACAUUCUUAGUAAAUUGUAAAUUAAUUAUAUGGAGAAAAUUAUACACGUGCUAAAUUGUGACGCGAUCUACAGAGAGAAAUAAGCGUCCCACUGGCACCUCAAAUUACCUAUAAAUACUGGGCCAAACUUCCCUCAGCCAGCUCGCUGCUUUCUGCAUGAAUAUGGAGCUACCCAAUCGUUUGAGCAAAGAACAAGAAGACUCCAUCAUCAUCUCCACUCUUCAACACGUUUUAUCUGGUGCCACGUCAUCAACUGAUGAAAUCAGCAGCUUCAUUCCUAUUCUCCAAGGUUCUGGGACCUGUCCUGUUUGCAACAUGGACUCUGUUGAUUGUCUUGGCUGCAAUUUCUUCGGCACUGUCCAAGAAGAUGUAGAAGAAGAAGAAGCAGAGGCAGUAGCAGAAGUAGAAGAGACAGCAGGUACAAGUGAGAGGAAGAAUAAGAUUAAAAAGAAGAAGAAGAACAAGUUCAGGGGAGUAAGACUGAGGCCAUGGGGGAAAUGGGCAGCGGAGAUACGCGAUCCAUGGCGUGCAGCUCGUAAGUGGCUUGGUACUUUCAACACCAAAGAGGAGGCAGCGAGAGCGUAUGAUAGAGCUGCAAUUAAGUUCCGUGGACAUAAAGCUAAAACCAACUUCCCGCUAUCCAACUAUGUCCAAAUGCAGACUAAAGAGAGUGAAAAUAAGGAAAUGAGCUAGACCAGAAUGUAGAGGAGAAAGAACAGUGAAGCAGAGAGCAGUGAGGUAGCAGAAGAAAAAAAACUAACCUUCCUCGGUACAAAUUGUUUUUCCCGUAAACCAAACUCCUCUGAACUUCACAGAAUCUGUGCCAUCUUGGAGACUAUGGCUGGGCACCAUUUUGCAGGAAUAAGAACAGUAAUCUGGUUAAUGAUCGAGUGUGCUGUAAGCCAGCUUUAUCUAAGCUGCAAGGAUCUAGGAAUUCAACCUCUGCUUUUUGUCUGUAAUACAAACUAUUUGUAUUUAAUCAUGUUAGUCGUUGUCUUCCUUGGGAUCAUGAGGCCCUCAUUAACCAAGCUAGGGAGACACUAUUCUUCAGAACAAAGAAAUAAAUUUACGUAGUUUUUCCAUUUUUUAAAUUCUAGAGACUUAUAGGA